AAUCCUGUGUAAUAAUAGUACAAUACCAUGAAGUACUACCAAUAAAAAAUCAGCCCUGCAUUUCUUAUCCUCCCACCAGCUCAAAUAUUAUUAAACCCAAAUAAGAACCUAAAUGAUUCUCAUGGCACCCACCAGCCUCUGUUUCCUCAUUUUAUUAACCACAUCUCUAGUCUCAUCAUCAAGCCUCACCGAUCCAACUCCUAAGCCAUGGCCACUACAAUUCCACUCAACCAUGAUUGCAAAAAUCGAAAACGGCACUCAACUCGAAAUCCUCAAUUUAUGGUACGACUGGCCUAAUGGAAUCAGCAUGAGCAUUGUGCAGAAACAACUAGGAAAGCUUCUUUAUGGUCCGGAAUGGAAUAACGGCACUUCUUUUUUCUAUGCUUUGGACUCAAGUGAAGAGUGUAGAGUCACGCAGUUCGACGUGGGGAUUGUGAGACCCAACUGGAUUGAGGGUGCCAAGUACGUUGGACAAGAGUACAUGGAUGGGUUCUUGUGUAAUGUGUGGAACAAAGUGGACUUUAUUAUUUACUAUGAAGAUGUCGUGUCGAAAAGACCCGUGGCUUGGUUUUUCGUCGAAGGAGGAGGAAGUGAACAUAUAAUGACAUUCGAAGUGGGAAAAGUACUUGAUCAAAGCUAUUGGCAAGCUCCUGUAUACUGUUUCGAUGAUGCUGCUGAACAGAAGAAGAAUGCAAAUAUGGAUAUACUCAAUUCUGGUGCUGCAGUUGAAACUGGAGCUUAUGAGAGUUUUAUGCGAUCAUCACUUGGGAUGAAACUCAAGGCUGCACUUUGAAUAUUUUUACUUCCUCGGUGCAUGCCAAUGUACUACUAGUAUUGUAUAUGUGUGAUAAAUAGCCAUAAGGUAGUAAGGAAAAUCCUCUAGGAUAUAGGAUUACAAGUUCUACUGUUAUCAGCCUUGUACUAAUAAGAAAAUACUCGUGCUUGCAGUUGGCACUUGAAUAAGAAAAAUAGUGAAUAUAAUGAAAGGUUUAAGAUUGUC